AUGAGAAUCCAACUUGCGAUCAUCUGGUCCAGCGGCGCGGUACAUGCGCAAGCGCAUGAGUUCUUAAAUCGUUAUCGCACACAUGGGCAAUUAGUCCGAGUUGACCGAGGCGACAGGCGGUGCCGAUUGGUCGGUGGCAGCGUGACGUCAUCAACGUCUGUGGCCUUCGCGCCUGAUUGGUCGACACGCGUCAUUUCGUCGAACACGUUUGUUCUUAUUUUAAGAGGUUCUGAGGUACGCUUUUGUGUACCGAGUCCCCCUAAUACGGAAUUGUUUUGA